AGGAUGCGGCUGCGGGUGGGCGCCGCAGCUCCGGCCGCGCUCAAGGUGGCGGCGGCUGCCGGGGCCGCGGCCGCUCCGCUGCGGCUGCUGUGGGCCGGGCCCCGCGGGGAGAGCGCCGCCGCGCCGCCGGGUACCCGCCUGAAGGGUGUCCCGGGCCAUGGGCCUGAGCCGCCGCUCCCCGCUGCAGAGCGGCCCCGCGGCCCGCACGGCCCCGCGUGGGGCCCCGCGCUGGAGCUGGAGAGCGGCACCGUCCUGUUCUCGCCCAACGCCAUCUGCCAGUUCUUUUUCUUGUCCCGUGGGGAUGAACCCACCGACCUCACCAACCAGUGGCUGGAGUGGGAGGCCACGGAGCUGCAGCCCGCUGCCACAGCCGCCCUCUACGCUCAGCUGGUGCAGGGCAGGACAGGGCUGGAGGUAGUGGAGUCUCUGAGGAAGCUCUUGGCCCACAUUGAGCAGAGCCUGUGCAGGAGAGGCACUGCCUACCUUGCAGGGGACACCACUUCUGUGGCUGAUGUGGUGGUGUGGGGCACCUUAUUCCCUCUGCUCCAGGAUGAGAGCAGCUUCCCAGGUGACCUGCAGGCACUGAAGGGCUGGUUCCAGGGCAUGAGCCUCUCUGAGGCCUGCAGGAAAGCUGUCAGCUCAGUUCUGCAGCCUGAGGCACUGCUGGAGUUCAAAUCUUACCUCCAGAAGCAGCCCCCACCCUGCCCAGCCAUGGAGGGAGCCCCCAGCAAUGAACCUGAGGAGGAAGCUGCUGCUGAACGUGUCCUGACAGAGGAGGAGAUCAGAGCUGCUGCAGACACCUGGGCCCGUGGUGCUGAGGUACUGCCCAAGCCUUGGCAGCCUUCCAAACCAGUGCUGCCUGUGGAGGGCAUGAGGAACGUGCUCGUCACCAGCGCCCUGCCCUACGUCAACAACGUGCCGCAUCUCGGCAACAUCAUCGGCUGCGUCCUCAGCGCCGACACCUUUGCCCGCUACUGCCGCUUGCGGAACUGGAACACGCUGUUUGUGUGCGGCACCGACGAGUACGGCACGGCCACGGAGACACGGGCGGUGCAGGAGGGACUCACCCCCCAGCAGAUCUGUGACAAGUACCACACUGUCCAUGCUGACAUCUACAGAUGGUUCCACAUCUCCUUCGACCACUUUGGCCGCACCACAACGCAGCAUCAGACCAACAUUGCCCAGGACAUCUUCCAGCGGCUCUUGGCCCGGGGCUGCCUGCUGCAGGACACGGUGGAGCAGCUGCACUGCGAGUGCUGCCAGCGCUUCCUGGCCGAUCGCUUCGUGGAGGGCACCUGCCCCUUCUGCAGCUACGAGGAGGCUCGAGGGGACCAGUGUGAUAAAUGUGGCAAACUCAUCAAUGCUGUGGAGCUGAAGAACCCACAGUGUAAGCUCUGCAGAGGGGUCCCUGUGGUGAAACCCACCCAGCACCUCUUCCUGGACUUACCCAAGCUGGAGCAGCAGCUGGAGCUGUGGCUGGAGCAGAGCUGGGCCAAGGGGAACUGGUCAGCCAACGCUCGGUACAUCACCCGCUCCUGGCUGCGGGACGGCCUCAAGCCGCGCUGCAUCACCCGGGACCUCAAGUGGGGAACUGCUGUGCCCCUCGAUGGCUUCCGUGACAAGGUCUUUUACGUGUGGUUUGAUGCUCCCAUCGGCUAUUUGUCCAUCACAGCCAACUACACGGAUCAGUGGGAGAAGUGGUGGAAGAACCCACAGCAGGUUGAGCUGUACAACUUCAUGGCCAAGGACAACGUCCCGUUCCACAGCGUCAUCUUCCCCUGCUCGCUCCUGGGUGCUGAUGACAACUACACCCUGGUGAACCACCUCAGUGCUACAGAGUAUCUGAAUUAUGAGGAUGGGAAGUUCUCCAAGAGCCGUGGUGUGGGGGUGUUUGGGGACAUGGCCAAGGACACCGGCAUCCCCGCCGACGUCUGGCGCUUCUACCUGCUGUACGUGCGGCCCGAGGGCCAGGACAGUGCCUUCUCCUGGAGUGACCUCAUGCUCAAGAACAACUCAGAGCUCCUCAACAACUUGGGCAACUUCAUCAACAGAGCGGGGAUGUUUGUGUGUAAGUUCUUUGGUGGCAUCGUCCCUGACAUGAUCCUGACCACAGAUGACAAGAGGCUCUUGGCUCGUGUCACCCUGGAGCUGCAGCAGUACCACCAGCUGCUGGAGAAACUCCGCAUCCGCGAUGCCCUGAGGUGCAUCCUCAGCAUCUCUCGCCACGGCAACCAGUACAUCCAGGUCAAUGAGCCCUGGAAACGCAUCAAGGGGGAUGAACAGGACAGGCAGCGCGCUGGCACGGUGACCGGCGUGGCGGUGAACAUGGCAGCCCUGCUGGCGGUGAUGGUGCAGCCCUACAUGCCCGGGGUCAGCCUGGCAAUGCAGCAGCAGCUCUGCCUGGCCCCUGCCUGCUGCGUCCUGAGCCACAGCUUCACCUGCACCCUGCCCCCCGGGCACCGCGUGGGCACCGUGAGCCCCCUCUUCCAGAAGCUGGAGAAUGACCAGAUCGAAGCUCUGCGCAAGCGCUUUGGGGGAGGGCAGCCUGAAGCUGUUGGUGUAGAGCCCCAGGCCAAACCGACCCCUCCAACCUCAGCCCCCCCAGCUCCAGGUGACCCCCAACUCAUCCAGGAGCUGACAGAGAAGGUGGCCAAGCAGGGCAACCACGUCAGGCAGCUGAAGGCCAACAAGGCAGAGAAGGCCCAGGUGGACACAGAGGUUGCCAAGCUGCUGGAGCUGAAGAAGCAACUGGCAGCAGCUGAGGGCAAAAGCCCUGAAGUCCCUGUGCCCAAGGGCAAGAGGAAGAAGUAGCCCCAAGAGCAGACUGGGUUGUGCUGGUACUGACCUGUAAUAAACAGACACUGUACAAUAA